GAGAAUGGCCGCUCCUGACACCCCGAAGACCGGACUCCUCCGAGCUGCCUGCAGUGCUGUGCUUGUGGCUGUGUUGAUGGUCCCUCUGCUGAGGAUUGUGGGAUUGCGUAUGUUCUCCAUGGCCUCCGUUGGAGGUGUUUCUGGGACCCACUCGGCUGCGUUUGUCACCUGCCCCAAUGAAGAGGUGGCCAAGGAGAUAGCAAGGGGGAUGGUAGAGAAGAAGCUGGCGGCGUGCGUCAACAUCGUCCCCAAGAUAACGUCCGUGUACGAAUGGCAGGGGAAAAUCGAGGAAGACACCGAGGUUUUGCUGAUGAUUAAAACCAGAACGUCAAAAGUUCCAGCCUUGGCAGAAUAUGUACGCUCUGUUCAUCCCUACGAAGUGGCCGAGGUGAUCAGCCUGCCCAUCGACCAGGGGAACCCUCCUUACCUCAAGUGGCUGGGAGACACUGUGCCUGAGUAAAGGCGAGAUCCCGACAGAACCCUGCGAGAAACAUCCUGCAUGACUUACAAAGCACCCGUCAACAGCAAGAUCUGCACCCCCCUCUCUCUGUAGAACCGACUCGCUGUGCUUCAGUGAAACCUGCAGGAUAAUGUCACGUUGGCACUGAAUUACACACCACAUAAUAUUGUGACAUUUGGAAAUCCAACGAACUGUACUAAUUUCAAGAUCAUUGUGUAGUUUCUUUGAUAACAUGAUGUUUAAUAAAACCCUAAAAUUCAAGGCGAUGGUAACGCUUUGGCCAUUAACUCUAGCGCAAACCCACACGUGCGUUGUCAGAGAUAACAAUGUCUUUUUCGUUCGACACACUGUUGCUGCUGUUUUAACCCUGUAAUAAGCAUAUAGAAAUGCACAGCAGCGUGUGGGGCGGGCUCCCUGUUCGCUGUGGAAGUUUGAGUCAGUUUCCAGUAGAGGGGCUUCUGUGUUGUCUGAGAGGUGAAUCUUUCCAUUCUUCGAUAAAUGGGCAGAAAAUAUUGCUGUUAUCAGUCCAUGCAAAAUGUAUCGCGUUUAAUAUUGAGAGAAAACAUGCAUUUGAUCACCCAAAUAAAAAUACAUACCCUUUUA